AUGGAAGCAUUGGCUAAUGAAAUAUGGGACCGGGUCUUUGAGUUCCUCGACACUCAGGAUCUCAAACAUGUCGCUCUUAUCAACAAAAGACUCUCCUCAUGUGUGACACCAUCUCUAUUCCACCAACUGUCGAUAGACGAGGAUGGUAUCCAGAAGCUACUCGAAAAUCACGAACACAAAAACGUGACUGAUCAUGUUAAGGUCUUGAAGAUUUACCCCAGGACGUAUGAUCUAUUUGCUCCGGGCUCGGUACUUGCACGCCUGGCAACAAGCUGGAAAAGUGGCAAUUUCGCCCAACACCGUACACCUGACACAGGUGGAAAUGGAGACAUUAUAUUAGUAUCUGACUGUAUCCUGACCGAUAUAUCAGAGCCCGGACCAGGAAUAACUCAAGUACUUCCAGCGAUCCAAGAAAUCCUCAUUUCUGUCAAAGGGGAGGAGAAGCCACAGGAUCUUGUCUCGGUUAUGAGCAGGUUCACUUGCCUCAAGAAACUCAUGGUCCGCGCUAUGUCUCUUGACCUUCCAUCUCAGUUGAUAUGGCCCUCGUUGGAGCACUUCGAAUUCGAACAUAUCCUUGGUAUUGAGCAACCGAUGGAGAUAGACCCAGAUCGUUUAAAAGGCUGCUUCGAAAAGCAUAAACAACUCAAAACCGUCAUAUUUGCACAUUACCUUGACUCGAGAAACCCAAGUCAAGGUAACUGGAUUGGUGGCGAUCUACGCCAGUUCUUCUCUCUGCUGUUAGCUUCGGCAGAUAUGGAUAACAGUCAAACUCUGGGUAGUACUGAACUUGACUUUAUCAGUCGAAUAUCAUUUUGCUUGCAAGACUUUUAUGACGAUUUCAACAAGCUCCAAGACAAAAUGGUCGACGUUGACAUAAAAUUGCUGAUCCUUAAGCCUUAUGCAAAGCACAUCUUCAAGUCGCAGCAAGGCUUGAGAGAAGCAAUGUUUCAGGAAGGACCCGACGUCACCUUCAUAUUCAGACCUAUGCCACUCAUCGAGUCUGCUUUACAAGGAGCUAAGAUUGGGAUUGGAAAUUAUUCGGAAAGAGUAUAUGGCAAUGGGGGUGACCUGGAUAAAUUCCAUAAGCUUUACCAUGAUAGUUUAUCACGUCCUUCCGUCGCUUGUCUUUCGAUUACUGCCUACAAGGUAGAAGACCAUCGAAACCAGAACACCGGUGUACGCCCGGAACGACAUCCCGCCGGCCGCGGCCAAAAGCUGACACUCAUAAUCCUUGUGGUUGAGCAUGUGUACUCGGGAACCGGCGUUCACCGUGAAACAUCAGAUCUUCACGUCACAUGUUUUCCAACAUCGCCUAGGCUACUACCGCCAGGCUUUGGACUUGUGUACUAUCGACCAACAGAGGACGUGCAAGCCCCGUUAGAUCUUACAAGAGACGGGGCACUACCCGUUGUUCCGCGCGCCUAG